GCCGGGCCCGGCGCUGUGCUGACUGGCGGCCUCUCGCCGGUUCCACGUUCGGCGACCGCGGGGGGCGGUGCGCGCGCGGCGCGGCCAAUCAGAGGCGCCCACGACCCACCCCGGAGAAGUUGGAGCCGUCGGCCCCGGGGACGCCGCCACUGUCGCCGCGGGGUGGGGGGGGUGGCGGCGGAGAUGGUGUCUCCCGCGGCCUCCGCCGGCCGCCUGGGCUCCGCGCUGCCUUUCCUGCUGGUGCUCUUCGACCUGCAGUACCAAGGAGCUGAAUGUGGAAUAAAUGCAGAAGUAGAAAAACAGCUUGAAAUGGGAAAGAAGUUAUUGGCUGCUGGACAGCUAGCAGAUGCUUUGUCUCACUUUCAUGCGGCUAUAGAGGGAGACUCUGAUAACUACAUUGCUUAUUACAGAAGAGCCACAGUGUAUUUAGCCAUGGGCAAAUCUAAAGCAGCAAUUCGUGAUUUAAGUAAAGUGGUUGAAUUAAAGCAGGACUUCACAUCAGCAAGGUUACAGAGAGGACACUUACUGCUCAAGCAAGGAAAAUUUGAUGAAGCAGAGGAUGACUUUAAAAAUGUGCUCAAAUCUAAUCCCAGCAAUAAUGAGGAGAAAGAAGCCCAGACACAACUGACAAAAUCGGAUGAGCUACAGCGCCUGCAUUCACAAGCGUUAUCUGCCUACCAGCAAGAGGAUUAUGAAACUGCUAUUUCUCUUCUUGAUGAAAUCUUGGCAGUUUGUGUUUGGGAUGCAGAGCUACGGGAACUUCGAGCCGAGUGUUAUAUAAAAGAAGGGGAACCAAGCAAAGCCAUUAGUGACUUGAAAGCUGCUGCCAAAUUAAAGAGUGAUAACACUGAAGCCUUCUAUAAAAUCAGCAGAAUAUAUUAUCAGCUGGGGGACCAUGAAUUAUCACUCAGUGAAGUCCGGGAGUGUCUGAAGCUGGACCAGGACCAUAAGCAAUGCUUCUCUCUUUAUAAGCAAGUAAAGAAACUCAAUAAGCAGAUUGAGUCAGCAGAGGAAUUAAUCAGAGAAGGCAGGUAUGAAGAUGCUAUCAAUAAGUACGAUUCUGUAAUGAAAACUGAGCCAGAUGUUGCCAUUUAUGCUACUCGUGCCAAAGAAAGGAUCUGUCACUGUUUAUCAAAGAAUCAGCAACCUACAGAAGCCAUAAAAGUUUGUACAGAAGUUCUGCAACUGGAACCAACCAACGUAAAUGCCCUGAAAGACAGAGCAGAAGCUUAUUUGCUGGAAGACCUGUAUGAAGAAGCUAUUAAAGACUAUGAGACUGCUCAAGCCAAUAGUGAAAAUGACCAGCAGAUUCGGGAGGGGCUGGAACGUGCCCAGAGGAUGCUGAAGCAAUCACAGAAGAGGGAUUACUAUAAAAUCUUAGGAGUAAAAAGAAAUGCUCGAAAGCAAGAAAUCAUAAAAGCUUACAGAAAGCUGGCAUCCCAGUGGCACCCUGAUAACUUCCAGAGUGAGGAAGAAAAGAAGAAAGCAGAGAAAAAAUUCAUUGACAUAGCAGCUGCUAAAGAAGUCCUCACUGACCCAGAGAUGAGGCGGAAGUUUGAUGCGGGAGAGGACCCACUGGACGCGGAGAGUCAGCAGGGUGGGGGCAACCCUUUCCACAGGAACUGGAACACGUGGCAAGGAUUCAACCCCUUCGGCUCCGGAGGAGGACCAUUUACAUUCAAAUUUCACUUCAGCUAGAGCCAAGACUGUUCCUGGUGGCUGCUGCUGUUUUUUACUUAAUUCGUUGAAAAAAUAAAAAGUCGCUCAGUUCAAGACCCAAAAUCUUUAAUUUCUAAUGUUGUCCUUAACCCAGAGUCUUACUGCACUAGAAGAAAGCUCCUUCUUUCUUGUGGUGUUCCAAGGGUUUGCUUUGUGGUGAACCUGAGAAGCUCGUACCGGUGGGGGGUUUUGUUACUACCUGUGUAUUUGUGGUGGAAAUGCAGGACACGUUUAUUCUUAUGGAUGGAAAAAUACAGCAAGAGGUUCCUUAGGACAACACUUAAAUUUAGGACUUAAGUAUAUGCUUAAAGGCAAAAAUGCAUGUAAAUAUUUUUUGGAAUCGGGGCCUAAUAAACAUGGAAAGGGUAGUUACACAAUAGUUUCUACGUUAACAAAUCAUUAGUCAUUGUGCUGGGCGGAAUGAUCUGUCUCUCAGUAUUGGUGCAAGGGAAGGCGAGUGCCCACCUGGGGUGUUCCUGCCGGCUGUGCCGUGGGGGGUCAAGGGGCUGCGUGCUGAACGAGGCUGAACAAUCGCUCCGGAAGAAGCCAAUUGUAUCUGAAAACUAAUUGUAUUUGAAAAUCUCUGCUCACUUUAUUCCCUAACCUGAAGUGAAAUGGGGUGACUUCCUUGGCGGUAACUGUCCGCUAGGAAAGGAAAAACAAAACGUACCUGAUGUUUGUUGAAAGACUUUUUUUCUGAAUGUGAUUUGGGCUGUUUAGGUGUCAUUUUUGUGUAGUCUGCACUUUAACAAAGUAUCUGCUUGAGAUUUGAGCAAACAAUUUGAUGUGACGUUUCCCCAGCUGUGCAGCAAUUUGUUACUCCUUUUGUCCGCACCCAGAACCAAUACAGGCUGUGAGGUGAGUGUACUGUGGGCUGUAGGAAUAUGAUAUUGACUCCAACCUUCUCCCGUAAAACAACUCAGUUGCUGAUGGGUGAUGCAACAGUGAGUUAAUACCAGGUGAAAUUGUUUGCAGUAAUUUUACAUUUUGUGUAACAGCCACAGUACUGCAAAAAAAGAGCUGCCUGUGUGCAAAAGGAACAACUAACUUUCCAUUAGCCAAAAGUCUGGUUUAUUUUUUUUUCUAUAUGUAUUGGGUUUAGUGUAUUGAUCGAAGUGUGUGAAUGCAGUGUGAGGUAUUACCAGGGCUGUAGCUGCUGUGAGGGAAUAGUCUCAUUCUAUAAGAGUGUAUUAUCAUUACUGAUGAGUUUCAGCAGCAGCCAUUUUCUUAUAAUGCAAGAAUUACAGUUCAUCAGUGUUUUCUUGAUUGGAUUUUAACUGGAAAACAAGAAUCAGUUGACAGGAAUCUUCUCUCACUUGGACUCGCGGCAUUUGGAGGCGUAAGCAGCCUCAGUAAAACAAGUGAAAUUGGCAAAUUAGGCCUUUGGUCUGAAAGUUGGGGCUUCUAUUACUGUCAUUGGAGUUGCUAUUGAAGCACGGUCUUUGUGUCCUCCCUCAGCUCUUUACAAAUGUAACUCUUGUGGCCGUGUGGCUUGGUAAAAUGUUUUUGACAGCAAGUUAAAGGUCAGUGUUUGUUCAGCAGGAAUUUGUCUUCCAGCUGCAGAGUGCACACGGUGAUUUCUCAUGGUUUAUGGUGCAAAACCACCCCAGCAGCCUGUUAAACUCUAGCGUCGGGUAUUUUCCAAAUUGAAUGACUUACUAGAAAUUCAGGUUCUGCUUUUGACCUGUCUGGAAGCUUUUUGUUGAACCUCUGUAGAAGAUGCUCAGGGGGCUGUUCACGCUGCUCUGGGCUGGGGUGGUUCUCAUAGGUCCAUCCCCACAAGCUGGUGGUACCACCCACACCGACAGCUCUACCUGUGUCCUUUUUGCCCACCCCAAGGAGAAGACGGGUAGGUGGCCUUCACAUCUAACAGCUGCUCCUGGCUCUUGUCACCCUCUGUCCCCGAGGGGUGAGCAGACCAGCUGUGGGCAGCUGCUGCCAUGGGGGGUGGUUUCCAGUUGUACGUGGUUGUGUGCGAGUCACUGCUCUGUAUAAAGACUCUUAUAUUGCCUUGUUCACCACAGAAGGGGCUGUUUCUAAAUUAAUAGUGAAGGACCGGUGCAAGCAAUCUGUCAUUUGUAGAGAUGGGGGAGUUGUUCAGAGUCGGGGAGUCACAGUUGGCGCUGCAGCCCCACAUGUUUGUGUACUGGAGAGGGCUAGAAAUUUCACAUCAGCUUUGAAACGACCACCCUGUUCAGUAGUUGUUGCUCUCAUCCCUCUCCCUGCUCUCUUUCAAAAGCUGUAGCUGAGGAAGUUGGUUCUUGGUUUGUAAUUUCUUUGUAUUUUUUUAAGGGAAGGAAUAAAGUGGCGCCUCAUAAGUAAAUUACUCACCCAGGGCACUGAUGUUAGAGCAGCUCCAAGGCAAUAGGCUGGUGUGCUGCACACUGGAAGCAGUCAGGAACUAAAAGAUCUAUGCUUAUUUUACGAAUGAAUGGGAAAGGGAAAAUCAGGUAUUAAAAGGCUUGAGUGUAGUCAGUAGAAGCAGCAAAGCGAUUAGUGCGCGAAUGCUGUUUGUAGAUUCCUUCUGCGGAAGAACAAGAGUCUUGAAAACAAAACCAAACCUGACAAUGGAGAGCAAGGCUUUCCGAGAGCGAGCAGCUGCUGCUGGGGCGAAGUGUUAAAAGAAAACGUUUCCAUUUCAAGGACCUCCAGAUACGGUGAAGUAUUUCCUGAUGUGACUUCAGAAAAUGAAGUGCUGGUAAUGCACUGAAUGUUAAUGUUACGAGGGAUGCACAAGGAAGCUGAUUUUGCCUUUUUAUUUAUUAGUGGGUGUUUGUAGUGCAAUAAUGUUCAAUAACUGAACAUUGAAAUAAAUGUGUUGGUAGUUUGUAAACCCUGAGAUAUGCAUGAAGCAUCGCUACCAUAAUUGGCCUACACAUAGAUGCAGACUUUCUCUGUUGAAUUAUCUCUUUCAGUUUUAAUAAACUCAUUUCCAACUUGCUUUGAAAUGAAGGGGGGGUGUGUUUUACUUGAUACAUGCUUAAUACUGAUGUAUUAAUAAGUCAGUAUUAAACCAGAUUAAAAGUGAAUUAUAAAGAACUCGAACUUGUGACGUAUGAAGAAAAUGUGUCAGCUUACUGUUUUUUAUUAAUCUUGUUUCAGUUUUCAGACCAGUGUUUGGAAUAAGAAUUAUUCUUCUGUUUAGGGAUGUGAUUUGUAGGAGCUUUGCUGGAAACUAGCCAGUAUAGCAUAGCAUAGCAGGUUAGUUGCAUAUAAAAGUGCCUUAUUGUAAGGUAUUGUUUGUUUGCUCUGUAAUACACACUUUUAUCCAUAAAAUAAAUAGGAGAAUAAUUUUUUUUUCCCCUCUACAAAUCUCAAAGUAGCAAUUUUAUGUUUUAAGAAGGAUAAGUAAAGCUCACCAGAGAUUUAUCAAAUGUUUCCAAUUAUAAAGUGUCUUUAUAUGAAAUUGUAAAUCUAAAAAAGCAAGAACUGUUUUUUCUAGAACUGUGGGAAUUAUUUUAUGGUAUUUUUCACAAUAAAGAUAUUUAUGAUGACAAGAAAGCA